UUGGAGCAGAACAGCCGGCGGGACCCGGCCGGUACCAUGAGUUACAUGAUGAUGCCGAGAGUGCAACCAGGAUCCCCGCAGAAGGCCCGCGGCCAGAUACAGGUCAUCUUUGGACCCAUGUUCUCUGGAAAAAGCACUGAACUGAUGCGCCGAGUCCGUCGAUUUCAAAUCGCACAGUAUAAAUGUCUACUAAUCAAGUAUGCGAAAGACACACGCUAUUGCCUCAGUGGGGUCUCCACACAUGACAGAAGCACCAUGGAGGCCAUGUCAGCUUGUUGCCUCAAAGAUGUCCAGCAGGAGGCUCUGAAUUCCACUGUGAUUGGCAUUGAUGAAGGCCAGUUUUUUCCAGAUAUAGUUGAGUUUUGUGAGACAAUGGCCAAUGCAGGGAAGACUGUCAUUGUGGCAGCCCUUGAUGGAACAUUUCAGAGGAAGGCUUUUGGGAACAUCUUACAACUAGUCCCCUUCGCAGAGAGUGUCGUGAAACUUAACGCUGUUUGUAUGGAGUGUUAUCAUGAGGCCUCUUACACAAAAAGGUUGGGAACAGAGAAAGAGGUAAGACUCUAAUAAAAACUCUCCCUUUCUUUAAAGCUGUUGACUGUGAGAGAUAUUGCCUGUUCAUCCUCUUAGGUGGAAGUAAUAGGAGGGGCAGAUAAAUAUCAUUCAGUCUGCCGGGUCUGUUAUUUCAAGAAUCGACAACAGUUGGUAUCUGAAAACAAAGAGAACCUACUAUGUGGGAAUAAGCCCCUGGAUAUUAGUGCCUCCAGCAAAGUCUUGGCUACCCAUCAGAUCAUGCAAUGGAAUCCAUCUAAUUGAACAAUGGAAGCAAGAGGUCUGAUUCCCAGGUGGAUUUAAAGAAACAUUUUCUUGUCCUUCCUUCUAGCUUUGUAUUGUUAAACUAAUGUCCCUCCCACACAACAGAAAGAGUUGUUUUUAUAAGCAGCAACAAGGCUUGAGAACAUUAUAACAUGCUAUGAAUAAGGAUGUUCUAUAUUGAGAACUGCACUGGUUUCUUAGUCUCUAGAGGGAAGAUUUUGUAAUAUCAUUAGUGGCAUUUCCUCUUGCACAAAAUUUCCCCAAACGGUUUAAUUCAGAGUUUUAACUGCCAUAAUGGCUAAAGUAAAUGUACUAACAGCAAGUUGCACUAUGAAACUGGAACAUUAUUUUUCUAAAUCCAUCAAAUUGGGGUUUGGGGGAAGGGGAAUUCUUACUAUAUUCAAUAGGCAAUUAAUUUACAGGCUGUUGGGCUUUAAAGACUGAAUAGGUUAACUGAACAAAAUGUAUUUUUAUUUGGUGGUGUGUGUAUCUGCUUGUAAAUAAAGACCUGGACUUACAAAAAAAAAAGGCCCCUUUUCCAGCCUUUAUAAUUAACAUAAUAAAGGGCUUUUCUUUUAACCUUCCUAGAUAGACACUUGACAUCUUACAUUGACUUAAAUAUAUUCUACUUUUGCUUGUUUAAUUUAUUAAACUGGCUACUAAUGUGUCAGUGGUUGUUUUAAGUAUUAUAUUCCUGCUUUAUAUUUUCUAGCAUACUGUCUAACAUUCUGAUUUUAUUGCAGCGAUAAGUAUCUGCAUUUCCUCUUUUUGAGUAAAUAUAAUCUUUUUACACUGAAAACACCCCGUGUCUUGUUUCUGUUGUCUUAGGAGCAGAAGAAGGAACCUCUAGUGGAAACUAGGGUUGGUUUUAAUCAAUGAUGCAUUGAAUAAAAUUAAUCUUUAAAAGUUUAAUGUGUAGGACUUAUUACUACCAGUUCAUCUUAAGAAUAUUUAACUUCAGUGACAAGAACUUUAUUACUGG